UUUCAUUUAAAUCCCGACCGUUGCGCAUUGAACAUUGAACUCGCGAUUGAGGAAGAGCGAAAAACCGUGCGACCAAAACAAAGAUAAACGUAAUCAGCCAUGAGCAAUCUCCGGCUUCGUCUACGGCUCUGCCUUUGCCUCUGUGUGGGCCUCGCUGCCGCAGCCAGCGCCGCCCCCGUCAUCAGUCACAUCACCAAGGAUGUGGUCGCCAGCGUCGGCGACAGCGUCGAAUUCAACUGCACGGUGGAGCAGGUGGGCCAACUCUCGGUUAGCUGGGCCAAAUCGGACACCAACUCCAUGCUCUCCAUGCGGAACAUGCUCAGUCUUCCCGAUCAGCGCUACAAUGUGUCCGUCACCGAGGAUCCCAAGGCGGGCAAUGCCAUCUAUACCUUCCGGAUAAAGCAGAUCGAGGUGAACGACAUGGGUCCGUACGAGUGCCAGGUGCUGGUCUCCACCUCGGAGAAGAUCACCAAGAAGCUGAAUCUGCAGAUCAAAACUCCACCAGUUAUUUCGGAGAGUACGCCCAAGACCACGCUGGUCACCGAGGGACAGCAUCUGGAGCUGACGUGCCAUGCCAAUGGAUUCCCCAGACCGACCAUUUCCUGGGCCCGCGAGAACAAUGCCAUUAUGCCAGCGGGAGGGCAUCUUUUGGCCGAGCCCACUCUCCGCAUCAGAACUGUGCACCGCACAGAUCGCGGCGGGUACUACUGCAUUGCCCAGAAUGGAGAGGGUCAGCCCGAUCGUCGCUUGAUCCGCGUGGAGGUCGAGUUCCGGCCCCAGAUUGCCGUUCAGCGUCCCAAGAUCGCUCAGAUGUUGUCCCACACCGUGGAACUGGAGUGCGCCGUUCAGGGUUAUCCCGCACCUACGGUGGUCUGGCAUCGGAAUGGCGUUCAACUUCAGUCGAGCCGCCAGCACGAGGUGGCCAACACGGCCUCAUCCUUCGAGACGACGACUUCGGUCCUGCGCAUUGCCAGCGUGUCCGAUGAGGACUUUGGGGACUACUACUGCAAUGCCACCAACAAGCUGGGUCACGCCGAUGCCCGGCUCCACCUCUUCCAGACUGUUAUCCCAGUGCCCUCCCUAUCGUAGGGGGUCGCUCUGACGCUGCCUGAAUUCCCAUUCCCACGCAUAUAAGACUUGAACUUUUACUUUAAUGCUUUACUUUUUUUCGGCAAUUCUGUGUCUGUGCGGUGCGGAUCGCUCCGGAUGCGGUCUCUUCUCUGUUUAUAUUAUUAAUGAUUCAUUCAAUUAGCUCUCAUUCAGACUCAUAUCUUUUCGGAUACACUUGAAAUCUUUCGACUGUUUGUGCCUUAAGAAUUGUUUGCAUAUAUAACAAAUACAAUACCAUAUACAUA